AUGAGGUUUCCUCCUUUUCGAUCUCAGUGCACACGAGAUCGUUAUGUAAGCUCAUAUGAUAUUUCUUUAGAACCAAUAUCUCUCGAGCAGAUUGUGAACUGUGAACAAGAUCUGUCGGCUCUGAUGGGCUUCGCUGGUUUCGAUACCACAAAAAACAAAAAAGUAUCCGGCAACUACGAAGGUGCAGUGAAAAUCAACAAACCUCGUCGUUAUCGCCAAUACAUGAACAGAAAGGGUGGCUUCAAUCGACCACUUGAUUAUAUUGCCUGA